CAUCACGUUCAUAGAAUCUAGUGAUUUUCUCUUCGGUGUCUGUGCUAAUUAUGUUACACUGCUUUUUUCCUGGAGUAUUGAAGACUAGUUAUCCUGUUUCCAUUUUCCCUCAUUGCUUUUGCUGAAAAUCCUAAUUCUCUGUUUGCAGCUUUGACCAGGCCAUACUUUCUCAGGAUGUUUCCUCUGAGCAUUUUUGAAGCCACUUGUUUGUCCUUGGCACUGCGCAUUUUUUUAUACUUUUGUUUUAACUCUGCAAUGAUGGCAUUUUGAAACAACAAACCCUUCUCAAGUUCUUUGGAGUUCCCUUCAUAUUCUGUUUUGUCUUUGUCUUUGGGAAAUCUUGUCUAUCCAUUUUCUUCAUCAGUUGAUCAUAUCUUUUAUUGUAUUUCUCAGUUUUCUGUUAAGCUUUAUUUGACAUUUGUCAUGCAAAGAUAUGUAUGUUUUUGAGCGACCUCUUCCAACCUUUUUCCUUCCAGCAAGUAUUAGACUUUUCAUUCCUGUUGCAGACCAUGAGGAAGGGGUAUCAGGGCAUGCAUCAGGGGCAGGUGAGUUCUGGCUUGGUCUUGAGAAGAUACGCGCUGUGGCCAAAGAUGCAGACUACAUCCUCAACGUCAUGUUCUCCGACUGGAGGGGUGAUUCUGAGACCAACCAGUACCCCAUCCGUCUGAGCGGGGAGGAGAGCCACUAUGCCCUCCAUAUCCAAAAGACCUCGAACAGCAGCCUGGAGGGCACCCUGGCUACCGAGGCCUCCGGCCUGCACUUCUCCAUCCACAGCCAAGACAAUGACCAGAACAAUGACAUCAGCUGUGCCAAACACCUCUCUGGUGGCUGGUGGUUCAGCAACUGUGGACGUUCCAACCUGAACGGCCGUUACUUCAUGAGCCCUCCUCCCAAGCAGAGGCAUCAGAGGAAGCAGGGGGUCUUCUGGAAGACCUGGCGUAGCCACUACUAUCCCCUGAAGACCACCGUCAUGAUGAUCGCCCCCGCUGUGAUGGAGAACAAGUCAUAGAGGAAAGACGCUCAGCAUUCUGACACAUUUUCUCCUCUUGAACUGAAACACUGUUAGAGGUGGUUAGCCGAUGACUUGGGUUGCUACCCAGUCAGUCCUGGCUUCACCCAGUGAGACUUCCAACAAAGACAAGGACAUUAUAAAAAACUAAAUAACUCAUACUUUUCAAAAGUCUUAGAGUCUCUCAGCUAGAGACAAAACCAAACAAUGUUUAAAAAAUUAAGAAGUACAUGAACAUGUGAAUCUAGCAGUGGAAAGUUAGCAAGAGUGUUUCACCAAAGCUGUGGUAUGAGCUCACUCUUAAUCACUGUUUAAAGCAACGCUCAGCCUUGGGACUAAUGAAUGGAACAGAAUGAGGUGAGUUCAAACAUGUUUUGUGUCGCAAGAAACCAAGCAUUUUCCACAUGCUAAGACCCAUCUGAUGGAGGUUUCUGAAUGGUAAGAGCUCUCCCAGAGGUUGAAUACUGCCCUCGUUGGCUCGAACCAGCCAAUAAAAAUCAUUUAAAGAAAAAUA